AUGAGUUGUCUUUCAAUGUUUUAUGUCAUUCUCGUUUCUUAACAUUUGCGGUGAUUUUGAUGAAAAUAAUCAGCAAAUUAGUCGCAAAAUUGUGAUUCGAUCGACUGAACUUGUGCAAAAUCACCGAGAAAACUUAAUGAAAUGCGCAAAACUCACCGUAUUCUGUUUACAAUUUGAAGCCAACAUAGACGUCAACUAUCGUUAAAAUGUGGUCAAUGAGGAGACCCAAUUACUUGUUCAAGUCAAAUUACAUCAACAGAUAUAUACAGCAACACCCAAGUACAAAUCAAAUACCGAAUGCAAACUUUAGCACAAUAAAAAGAUUUAAAAUUGUUCAGAGUUCCAAACAGGCGAAAGCAAUCAGAGAAGAGUUGUUAGCGGUGAAUAAACUUUUGAAUCGGUCUGCUAUUAAUUCAAUACCAAAUCAUGUUAUUGCAAGAAAUUUGAGUGCGUCGAUUUGCAUGUUCGAAAAACAAAAGCAAACCAAUGAGCCAAGCAAUAGUAAUAAUCAAAGUGAAGAAAACAAAUCGAGUGAACAAAGUAAUAAACAAAGUAAUAAACAAAGUCAAGACGAUGGCGAUAAAAGAAAAAAAGAUGCAAAGAUAAAGAAGAAAAUUGACGAAAAAAAUAGAGAAAAUAAUUUAAACAAAGCCUUGGCAUUCGGAACCAAAACAAUUUUAUGGUUGGCCUUGAUUUACAGCAUUGGAUUUACCAUUUUGGUCGUGACGUCUAUCCUCAGAGGUGAUACACAGAGGGGGAAUGGCGGUGCUACUGAAAACUACAUGAUCUCGUGGAAAGAAUUUAUCCAAUAUAUGCUGGCGUCGGGCGAAGUGAAGGAAAUUAUCGUUCGGCCACAAUAUGAGUAUGUGCGUGUCGUACUAUAUGACGGAGCAAUCAUUAACGGUCGUCGAUCACGAUUCAAUUCUUAUAUGCUCACCGUACCGAAUGUAGAACAUUUCGAGCAAAGAUUACGAGAAGUUGAGAAAUCAAUGGGCAUUGCAGAAGGUGUUUCAAUUCGAUACGAACGAUUUUCCGAAUUGUAUGUUAAACUAUUUGCUGGACUUAUCGCAUGUGCUGUGCUGUACGCCAUUUUAAAGCGAGUUAAAUUCUCGUCAUUACCGGGUGGAAGUGGUGGUCCUUUUGGCAUGGGAAAGGCGAAAGUAACAAUUAUCAAUCCGUCCAGCGGCGGAAAAGGUGUCUAUUUCAAAGACGUAGCCGGUUUGCAGGAAGCAAAAGUUGAAGUUAUUGAGUUUGUUGACUAUUUGAAACGACCACAAAAAUAUCAAGCACUCGGAGCUAAAGUACCUAAAGGAGCUCUACUCUUGGGUCCACCUGGUUGUGGUAAGACAUUGCUCGCGAAAGCUGUUGCCACUGAGUCCAAAGUCCCCUUUCUCACAAUGAACGGUUCGGAAUUCAUUGAAAUGAUAGGCGGGCUGGGAGCGGCACGUGUGAGAGAUCUAUUUAAAACGGCGAAAUCGAAGGCACCAUGCAUUAUAUACAUCGAUGAGAUUGAUGCAAUCGGUCGUCAACGUUCAAAUACAACUUCACAAUCAACUGGUGAAUCAGAGCAAACUCUUAAUCAAUUGCUCGUUGAAAUGGAUGGUAUGGCAUCAAAAGAGGGAAUUCUUAUGUUGGCCAGUACAAAUCGAGCUGAUGUCUUGGACAAGGCAUUGCUACGGCCAGGAAGAUUCGAUCGACAUAUUACAAUUGAUUUACCAACACUGGCUGAGCGAAAGGAAAUUUUCGAAACACACUUGAGUGGCGUUAAAUUGGAAAAAGAGGCCACAGCAUAUUCACAACGAUUGGCCAUUUUGACACCUGGUUUUAGCGGAGCAGAUAUUGCAAAUGUUUGUAAUGAAGCGGCACUGCAUGCAGCCCGUUUUUGCAAGGAAGUUGUGAAUGAAAGUGAUUUGGAGUAUGCCGUAGAAAGAUCAGUUGGUGGAACGGAGAAACGGUCCCACUCGUUGAGCGAGCUCGAGAGAAAAACGGUUGCCUAUCAUGAAUCCGGUCAUGCUUUAGUUGGAUGGCUAUUAGAACAUUCAGACGUUUUGCAAAAAGUGACCAUCGUACCAAGGACAAAUCUAGCUUUAGGUUUCGCACAAUAUACGCCAUAUGAUCAGAAAUUAUUCACAAAAGAGCAGUUAAUCGACAAAAUUUGUAUGGCAUUAGGUGGACGUGCAGCAGAAAAUAUAACAUUCAAUCAAAUUACAACCGGCGCACAAAACGAUUUGGACAAAGUUACAAAAAUGGCAUUUGCAAUGGUAGCCAAGUAUGGAAUGAGCAAGAAAAUUGGCCCGAUGUAUGUCCCUGACGAACCGGAACAGAGCUAUACCGAUGAAAAACCAUAUUCAAAAGCAUUGGGAGACUUAAUUGAUCUCGAGUCACGGCAAAUCAUUCAAGAGGCAUACUUUCGUGCAGAAAACAUACUGAAAACCAAUCGAGAUAAACUAGUCAAACUAGCUGAAGCCUUAUUGAAACAAGAAACAUUGAACUAUGACCAAGUGGUUGAAUUGAUCGGACCACCGAAAUACGAAGCGGCAAAACGCAAAAUUGAUCCGAUUGAUUUCGAACAGUCUUUAAAUAAUCUAUCGAAUAAAUCCGACGACAACCAGUCGAGUGAAAAGAGCAGUGAAUCCAAUAGCGGACAGGAACAAUGAUCGCAUAUGAGGACAAAAAAAAUUCAUACAAUUAGAUACCCAGUUUUAGAAAUAUAUUCUAUUUAGUUGUUGAUUGCAAAUUUUGUAUGCGAUUCUUUAAAAGAAUAAAAUUCAUAGAAAUUUGUUCAAAAUAA